CCCUCAAAACAGGCCUCGGCUCCGACCCAGGUGAUUGCCCAGAAGCGGGAGAUCUACUGUCGCCCGCGCGAAGUCCGUUCCCCCUGGGGUGUGCAUGUUACCAGUGACAUGAGUCCCGCCGACCUUCUGUUGGAGAUCAAGCGUGCCCUGGAGUCCGUCAGGGGUUGUCAGUGGGAGGCCGACAAACACUGGAUGUUCCUGCUGCACUGCGGUUGGAUCGAAACCCUAUCGAUCGACAACAGCAACAGUGGAAAUACUGAUGCCCAUGCAGCAGCCACCACCAAGCGCUCCUCCCCCAAAGACCUCCUGCUCCAAUGGGAGAUGGAGGAUACAGCUUUCGUCACACCGCCACCGCCGCCAACUCUGCCUCCUUCACAGUCCGUCGUAUUUUUGUUGCGGGAACGGAGACGUCGGGGCGUCGUCCUGUUCCGAUUUAUGCACUUGCUUCUGCUAACCCGAGGUGCAACAGAGAGACGGCAAAUCGCUCCGACACUCGCUAUCUCUCUCCUGCCGGUGCUUCUGACGACGGAUCUUUAUUCGCACAACCAAUGCCUCUACCUGCCUCCUCCAUGUACCUACACAUAUACAUAUACCCAUAUCCCCCCGCCCGCCGCCACAGACAAUGCGAUGACGACCACAGGCAUGGCUAUGUGCAGUCUAGACCUUCUGUCCGCUAGGUCGCCGCUGUCCGAUUGCUCACCCAUUCUCACACUGUUUCCGGGAAUACUGUCGCAAGGCGCUCACACACACAUUCACACAAAACUCACAGUCAAACUCUGUGAAUUCUGCGUUGCCUCACUCGCUCUCGUGUGUCGUUUAGAUCAGUCAUUUGCUGCCCCCUGCCCCGCCCCUCAUUACUGUGCGGUCGUCUUUCUUAUAUUCUCUUACUAUUUGUCCUUUUUUUCUGUUUUCGAGAACCGCAUAAAAUCGAGAUCUCAGUCUUUACUCAUAGAGUACGAACGCCUCUUCUCUUUCGUGAACAACAACAACAACCCUAUGAGCGCGUAUGUGUGCGAUACUGUAAACUGUCGCCAUUUUCUGCGUGUUUGA